AUGACGUUGGCGGACCACAUUGCAGGAAAGAAGGCCGCCGACAAAGUCCAUAAAGCGGCCGACAGAGCUGAAAAUAAGCUUGCCAAGGCUGCAGCAAAGACAGCUCAAGUGAUAAUCAAGAAAACUCAAGCACCAAAAACAACUCGUCUAACAUGGUCUGAAGAUGUGUCACUCAAGAUGGUCCACUUCUAUGGUAUGGUCAAAGACGAGCAUACCGAACUCAAGCGCGACCAACCCGGAUUUAUGAACUUUAACAAAUUCUUUUUGGCCUACCCUGUCGAUUGUGAUCUGUUCCCCCUACUCGUUGGGCGCAACAAUCAAAGCCUCUUGACUCGUUAUGCAGCCCUCAUGGGCACGUGGCGUAAAGUAAGGGAUAAUGUUGAUCGGUCAGGAAGUGAUGGGCUUUUUGUUGCACUCAUAGAAUUUGGAAUGAGUGAGGCAGUACGACCUGUGCAUCAUUCAGAAUCCAAAUAUAGACUUGGAGGAGAGCUGACUCUCUUUGGAUCCUCUCAGUUGUGGAAUCUCCUAGGCAAUAUGCAUGGGAACAAUGCUGCUGCCCACGCACAUGGGCAAGUCGGGCUUGAGGAUCCGAUCAAGAGGAUUUUAGAUUAUUCGGCCUUGCCUCAAAUCAAGACCAUCUUAGAUGAUUCGGCCUCACCUCGCAAUUCUGCAUCAGAGCUUCCCAAUGACCCGCUUGCUGAACCAUCUCCAGAACACAUAGAAGUGGAUCCAACCCAAUCAACUGAUGUACAAACUGAACCAAUCCCCCGGCAAUCAGUCAGGCGAAAUCGUAGGAAUUUGCCGCCCCUGACUGAGGCAGAAUUGGCGUUAGACUCCCCCAGCCCGCCACCUGCAUAUGAGAGGGCCCCUGCUACUCAACCAACCAGGUUGACCCCUUCUAGAGUAACCGUAACCGGGACUACUGGUGCGAUCUCUUCAGCAAGUGGAAGCGGGGUUUCCCCUUCAACUCAGCGUCCCCCGGCAGAAAGCGCAGCACCGACUCGUCAACGUGGGCGCUACGAGGAGGCCCCCAAAAAAGAGGAUCCCACAGCCAAUGGGAUGCUCCUUCUGAUGCACAGAUCCGAAGAAGCCCGCCUCAAAGAGCGCCGUGAGGUGGAAGCAAGGUUUAAUAGGAAGGAGGAGGCACAAUUGGAGGCCUUGCGUGAGGAUCGGCGAGAACGUGAUGAAGCAACCCAACAACUCCGAUUGGAUCGGGAGCUUGCUGCAGCUCAAAUGAGAUUGGAUAAAGAGGCCGCGGAUGGAAGAGCGUCUGCUCGUGCAAGGGAGACUCAGGAGGCAACCCGACGUUGGGAGGCCCACCAGGAGCGACUUGCAUCAGCACAGGUGGCCCAACAAGCAGCUCAAGAGGAAUCUUGUCAGGCUUUCCAGUUAGCCAUUCUCAAGUUGAUGGGAGGAGGUCAAGCUAAAUGA